AUGAGACUGCUUAUCCAACGUGGCGCUAAUCUUGACAUCACAGCCAACAAUGGUCAAACAGCUUUGGAUGCGGCCACUAUACAUGCAAACAAUGAAGCAAUUGCUCUUCUAAGACAACACGGAGCUAAGUCAUCAUCAGAGAUUAAGGAUAAAAACACAAGCGCUGUUGUAGACUGUUCAACGUUAACUGAAGUAAAAUCAACAAAAGAAACAACUUCAUCUCCAAGUAUUACAACGCCACCAGCUUCUACUUAUACUCCAACUUUGAGUGAUGAUACUACUCCAAGUUAUGGACAAUCUAUGGAUACAACACCAACAGCUUCUACCACUACUCCAGAUGGAAGUACUGAUACUAACCCAAGUACUGAUACUGCACCAUCUAUGGAUACAACAUCUAUAGCUUCUUUAACUACAAAAGCACGUGAUGAUACUACCCCAAGUAAUGAUACUGCUCUAUCUAAGGAUACAACACCAAUAGCUUCUACCACUACACGGGAUUUAAGUUAUGAUACUGCAAGUGCUGAUACUGCACCAACUAUAAAUACAACACCAAAAGACUGUAUCACGACUACAACAGUUAUUACUACCCCAAAUAAGCAAGACACAAUGGUCAGACAAGCAAAGAAUAGCAUCAAGACUGUAGUCAAAAUAGGGAACAGAAAGUCCACAACUAUAACGGAUACAAGAGGGAAAGCCCCUUUACAUCACUACGCAGCGCAGAGCAAUUUAUGUUUUGCGGAACUUUUAUUAAAAGGAGGCGCGGAUGUUAACGUCAAAACAAAAGAGAACCAUCGAGGGAGAACCCCUUUAUUUAUCAGCACCUACCUAGGUCACACAGAUUUUGUUGAGUUACUUUUGAAAUGGAAAGCAAAUGUUAAUGAAUUGAAUGUUUUUGACCAUAAAACAGCUUUACAUUUGUGUGCUCAAAAUGGAUAUGAAAAAAUAGGUGAUAUGUUGUUGGCUGCAGGUGCUGAUGUAAAUCUAGUUGACUGUCGGGGUCACACAGCUUUACAUUUUGCUGCUGCGAAAGGAAGUGAGAAACUCGUUAGGUCUCUGUUAGAAAAAGGUGCGGUAAUUAAUAGCAUCGACCAUCUUGGUAAAACAGCUUUGCAUCACGCAGCACAGAUGGGUAAAAACAACAUUCUCGAUGUUUUACUUAAAGCUGGAGCCUCGGCAAACAUCAGAGACAAUGGUGGUCAAACAGCUUUACAUGAUGCUGCCCUUAACGGGCAUACAGAAACAGCUUUAACUCUGGUGAAGUUAGUUGAUAAUCCUAACGCCGCAGACGAUGAGGGAUUAACAGCUUUACACUACAGCUGCUGGUGCGGUCUUACGGAGGUUGUCCUUGCGUUACUGGAAGCCGGAGCUGAUGUUGACGUCAGAGAUAAGUACGGGAAAACCCCAUUGUACUACGCUGCAUGGUUUCAAACGGUUUCUCUGGUGAAAGUACUAAUCCAACAAGGUGCUAACCUUGACAUUGAAGAUACUUUAGGAAAGACAGCCUUGGAUAUUGCCAUUAUGGUGUCAAAUGAUGAAGCAGUUGCUGCUCUAAAACAACAUGGCGCUAAGUUUUCAAUAGAAAACAAAGAGAAAAUGGACGAAAUUUUGGACUGUUCAAGGCGCAGAAAGAGAUUUAGACCAGUGACAUAUGCUAGAAAGAAAACUACACCAUCUAUGAAUAUAAGACCAACAGCUUCUAACACUACUCCAUAUGCAAUUGAUGAUACUAUUCCAAGUACUGAUACUGCACCAUCAGCUAUUAGUACAACACCAACAGUUUCUACCACUAGAUCAAAUGCAAGUGAUGAUACUACCGCAAGUACUGAUAAUACACCAUCUAUGAAUACAACACCAAAAGCUUCUACCACUGGACCAGAUACAAGUGAUGACACUACCACUAGGGGUCGGCGUGGUCGAGUCGAUACAACACCAACUACUUCUACCACUACUCUACAUGCAAGUGAUGAUACUAACCCAAGUAUUCAUACUGAACCAUCUUUGGAUACAACACAUACUAUUUCUACCACUACUCUACAUGCAAGUGAUGAUACUAACCCAAGUACUCAUACUGAACAAUCUAUGAAUACAACACUAACAGCUUCUACAUUUACUCUAGAUGCAAAUGAUGAUACUACCCCAAGUACUGAUACUGAUACUGCACCAUCUAUGGAUACAACACCAACAACUUCUACCACUACUUCAGAUGCAAGUGAUUAUUUUCUUGAUCGAGUCAUUGCGCUGUUAAAACAAAAUAAAGUGAACAUGGUGCCAGUAAUGAAUCAACCAACUACUACUUCACACCAAAAGUUUGAGGAUAAUGAUAGUAAUUAUGUAGUCAAAGAAUUUAUUUCAAGUUUAGGCAUCGACAUAAACAGUAGGGGUUCAUAUGGUAUGGCCCUUUUACAUCAUUAUGCAGAGACGAACAACUUAGUUUUGGGGGGACUUUUGUUGAAAGGAGGAGCGGAUGUUAAUGUAAAAACAAAAGACGAUUGGCCAGGAAAAACUCCUUUACAUAUAAGUGUUGAAAGAGUUCAUGCAGAUUUCGUUAACCUUCUUGUGAAAUGGAAAGCUAAUGUAAAUGAACAGGAUGAUAUUUAUCAUAAAACAGCUUUACAUGUUGCUGCUGAAAAUGGGAAAAAAGCUAUAAUUGAUAUUUUGUUGGCCGCAGACGCUGAUGUUAAUAUAGCUGAUUAUGAAGGUAAGACAGCUAUACAUCUUGCUGUUGAUCAUGGAUGUAAGAAAAUCGUCAAAUCUCUUCUUAAAAAAGGCGGGGAUAUUAAUAGAACAGAUGUAAUCGGAAGUUCACCGUUACACUAUUGCGCACAAUAUGGAAACAGCAAUAUGAUGGUUUUUUUACUGGAAGCUGGAGCUUUAGCAAACAUCAGAGACAACGAAGGCAAAACGCCUUUACACUAUGCUGUCCGAUCCAUGAAUAACGAAACAGUUCAAAAACUGGUAACGUGUAAAGAUAUUCUUGACACAACAGACGUAAAUGGACAAACAGCUUUACACUACAGCGUUCAGAAACACAAUUGCGUCUUGACAGAAACUCUUCUGAAAGCAAAUGCUUCAGCAAAUAUUAGAGACAAAGAAGGUAGAACGGCUUUACAUUAUGCGGCCAUGUUUGGAUAUAAACAAGCAGUAGAAACACUGCUGAAAUAUACAGAUGGUCUUGACAUGGGAGACAACUUUAACCAAACAGCUUUACACUACAGCUCCAAGAUUGGUGACCCGGAAAUCAUGAAGACGUUACUGGAAGCCGGAGCUGGUGUUGACGUCAAGGAUCAGUACGGUAAAACCCCAUUACACUACAUCAAUGGGUGGAUUGAUCCUUCCGUCGUCGAAGUACUAGUACAAUAUGGCGCGAGCCUUGACAUUGUUGACACUUCCGGUCAGACAGCCUUGGAUGUGGCCACUCUAGGAUGUCACUAUCGUGUCGUUGGAUUUCUAAAACAACACGGCGCUAAAUCUUCAAAAGAAAACCAAGAGAAAACAAACACUGAGUUGGACUGUUCAACACCAGUUUAUACAACCCUUAGUACGGAUCCUGCAUCAACUACUAAUGCAACAUCAGCAGCUUGUACCACAACAGCUGACGCAAGAGAUGAUACUACCACAAGUUCUGAUACUGCAUCCGUUACACAUACAACCCCUAUAGUGUACACCAGGAUUACACCAGAUGCUAGUACGCACAUUUUACAGCUUAUUACCAGCUCUUCAACUAGACCAAUAAAAUCCACAAAAUCUACUCAUCUUAAAACAUCACGAAAGUCAACAAAUACAAUUUGUAAAAGAUAUAGAACACAGACAAAACUUGAAACGGUUGGAGAGGAUCGUCUGAAAUGCUUUGAAAAACACGAUAAGAUGUUGAACGUCCAAGACAGUGGUCAAACGAAUUUAAUCGGACUAGGUAAAACAAAAGAUCAACAUGAUGAGAAGAUCAAAGAAGAAACUAGCAGCCAAUGUGUCGCCAAAACCAGAAAGAAACGAAAAAGAAAAAACGUUUUUGGCAAAUUGUUAAGCCCCUGCACUAGUGAUGAUAUAAACCAUCAGGAUAAGACAAUGAGAUACAAUUCGUCCAUUGAGAAAGCUAAAACUAGCAGAUAUGAAACUGGCAGAUAUAAACGUUUACUUUGUGAUUCAGCCGACCCUUUAAGAUGUAGCUCAAAUCAUAUGUACAUUUUUUUCAGAACUGUGAAUCUAAAUUACACUUCAAAUACCAUUCGGGACUGCAACGAGGUAAAUAUAGAGAACGUGAAGUUUUUAACCAUAGACGGCAAAUUUGGUGGCCAAGACUAG